AUGUAUAAAGCUGUAUCUCAAGGUUCUAGUUAGUUUGUAUAAUGCGAACGUUUCUAUGAUGGUUUAUACUUACUUUAAAACAAUAAGCUUAGCACACUAUAUCCUGAUUAAUUUUCAUUUUGUGUCGCAGAUUGCUAGCAAGCUCAUUAUCAACACAUUAAUAAUCCCGUGACGCAGAAAUGCCAGGAUUGUGGAAAAUAUUGCAAAUCUUGUAAUUUGUAACUUGGUUGUGAGACAUGCUCUCCCUACAACACUGGCAAUUAAGGAUGGGUAAAUGCCUUAGACUCAUCUGCAACAUUUAACUAAACUGCAAAAAAAUGUGUUCCUUGCAAUAAUAAUAAAUACUGCUUAUCUUGUGAUCCAAAUGACGUCAAUUAAUGCUUAAGAUGUUCAUCUAAAUACAAUUAAACUUGUUCUUAGAAUGGAAUUAACAGUAUCUUAGAUAACUGUAUAUAGGGCGAGGAGGGUAAUGAUAUGAACUUCAACCACAGGAACCUACAAGAGAUAAUGUUUAGGUAAUUGAUCAAUUUGAUCAUUAAAUUUUAGACUGUAAUGAGAAUUAGCUAGGAUAUACAAGAAACAGUUUGCAGCAGUUGUUUGAAUGGUUUUCUUGUAAAUGGUGCUUGCCAGUCAACAUGUCCAACCUGGAAAUAUCCUGAAUUUGUGUUUAGUGUAAAAGGCAUAACAUCUUAAUCUUAUUGCUAAGGCUCCUCUAGCAAUUAAUGUACAAAAUGGAAAGUCGGCUAGUACUUAGAAUACUAAUAGCAAGGAGUUACUUAUGGAACUUGUGUUACUAAGACAGCUACUAGUAAAUACUACAGACUUUAUGUGUCAGCUGAAAAUCAAUCUGCUAAUUACAAGCCUAAUAUAGAAUCAGAUGGAUACAACACUCCCUUUUACAGUGUUGAUGAUGCAAUUCGUAAAACAGUCGAACUUUGUGCAUCUUCAAUAGUUACUUGCUCAGUUGAAAUAAAUUUGUAUAAAGGUGAUCAUUACAUUUUGAGAUCAGCAAAACUUUUCUAUAUGCCUUCUAGAUUUGACAAUACACACUAAGUUACAAAUAUCACAAUCCAGCCUCUAUUUUGCUCUUAGAACAAUUCUAAUCUAAGAUUAUGUGUUGAGGAUCAUGAAAAAGUUACGAUUUUCAACAAGUUUAGGGAUUAGUUCACAUUAACAGUAGGUUCAGGAUUAAUAAUAAAGAACAUUGUAAUUGAUUGGAUUGAUUCCAUCAUCUUACGACUGAUCAAUGUCAGAUUUCUGAUGGAUAUUCUUUUAUCAAGUUUGAUAUUACUUCGAAGACAAUUUCCACUCUAUAUCUAUAAAAUACCUUAACAGAAUUGCGUUUUCAGAAAUCUUUAUUUCCAUUAUAAUACAUUUAUUGAAACCAACUCUUAUGGCGGCUAUUUAGAGAUAUUUGAUACCAUAUUUGAACGAUUUGCUACUUGUGGCUCAAUUAUUAGAAAUUUAAAAUAAACAUACAAUCCUCCUAAUCCUUAAUAACCUAUUUAAACUGCUGUUGAGAUGUAUUUGAUUAGGUCCAAUAUACUUUAGCAAUAAGUUUAUUCAACUUUAACUUUAGAGUCUACUUUGACAAAUUCUCCUUUCACAAAUUAUUGUUCUGCCACUGACUUGACUAAGCCUAUUUGCUUCUCGAUUAACAUUUCUAAUACCUAGUUGAUUCAGUUGAAUCAUUUAGUGGAAAAGUCUAGCUUUUUAUCAUAAGUAGGUUCAAAAUACAAGAUGAUUAACUACGGUAAAAUCUCCAUCUUUCUUCUAGGAGAAAAAGACAAAUAUCAACUCAAACAUUUGAUUUCCAUUUAAGAGCAUAAACAUGGAAUAUAAAUAAUUGGCAAUAUUUUUCAAGCAAAUUCAGUGAUCAAAGGCCUCAUUAAUAUUUAAGUUGAGGAGUCAGUUUAGAGUCUUUAUCCAAUUCUGAUAGCUAAAAACUAGUUUAUUCAAAAUGCAGCUUAUUUCCAAACAGUAGCAAUACAUAUACGAUUAAAAUCUGUGCAAUAAUACACUGUUCCAAUCACUAAUUCUAGUAUAUUUUGUACUGGCGUCUCAAUUUAGUAAAACUUAUUUGAAAAAAAUUUUGGAUGCGCGAUCGUAGGUGGAUCAAUAGUUAAUAUUGAAUGCUAUAAUCCUAAUUAGCAUAAUGAUCUAGCUGCUAAUGAUGAUAUAUCUAAGUUAGUUGAUAUCAAUAAUAUACAAUAAAUGUACUACAGGGACUUUGACUAUAGCACAAUAACUGCAUAAAAUAUUCAAGAUUUUCAGUACCAAGAUGAAACCUUAAGAAUGGAUCUAUAUAUGGUAUCACUUAAAGAGAAUACUUAUAAUAAAAAUUAUGCAGGCAACAAAGAAGGUUUAAUUACUGGAUAUGGGCUAAUGAGAAUUGAGUUUUCUAAAGAAUAAUUUAUUAAUAAUGGAGAGAAUGCUAAUGAUCUGAUUCCAUUCUUGAAUAAGAUAGAUGAGAGCAUUUUUAGAUUAAUAGAAGAAGAUUAAUCAGAAGUAGAACCAUAAUAAUUUAAUUAUACAUAUUAAGCAACUAAUGAUUAAGGCCUUUCAAUUGAUGAUCUGAAUAAUUAUCUCCUCAAAUCCUAGAUAUUCUUGUAGAGUGUGAGUUAUGUUAUUUUAGAGGAUAUUUACUCAGAGGGAUUCAUUAACCUGCAGGUUCAAUACUCUUCUGAUAAGGGAUAACAAAAAGAAGUAUGGAAAUCUUCACCCUAUUUACGCAUUAGAAGAAACAUGCUUGCUUGGAGGAUUGAAUAUAAAUGGACUCAAUAUAUUUAACAUUAGCUUUUUUACGAUGAUACUUACAAUAAUGAUAUCAGUUUCAUAUUCAGAUAUAACUACUAUGUGCUUGAUGGUAUGAAUAAACCUAUGAAACCAUCUGUAGAUUAUAUCUAUGUAUAAUAUCUAGUCAUAGACAGUGUGAAAUGUAUAAAUUGUGCUUAAAACAUGAAUCAUUUCUUUUUUUAUUCAGAAGAUAUAGUAUUAAAUAAUUUGAGAGUAUUAAACAUCAAUAUGGACUUGCCAACUGAUGAACUAUUUUCUUAUAAUUCUCAAACAAGGAUAUUCACUAUUUAUAUUUCAGAUACUAGCAAGUAGAACUUUGGUAAGAUGAGAUUAUUUUCUAAUUCUCACUUUGAAAAUAUAAAUGGAGAUUAUGGCUCUAUUGGAAUUAUUAAUAGUUAUGAAAAUCAACCUGCUAUUUAACUUUUAAUAUUCAAUACAACCAUUAUCAAUUCACAAGCAUCCAAUUAUGGAGGAGCAUUUGUCAUAGCAAGAUUAUCUCUCAGUAAUUUAACAUUUUUGGACUGUAAAUUUAAGAAUGUCCGAAGUACUAAAUAUGGUGGAAUUCUGUAUGCAAAAGGAUAACAAGAUAGGAAGGCGAUCAAUAUGGUGGCAAUUAGUAGGUCAAUUAUUGAGGAUACUAAUCAAAUAAGCAUUGGGUUAGCUGUCUAUAUUAAACAAACACCAAGAAUUAUUUUACAAAUAUCUGAUACGAAUGUCACAUGUAACACAAGCUUUCAACCAUUCAAUUUUGAUUAUUCUAAUAUGGAGGAAACAUUGCUUGCACUAAUUGCUUUAAAUUCAAAUUUUAGAGACCUGAUUUCAUCUUUGGAAGUGCUUAUCGAGGUGGAUCAAUUUAUUUAGAUUAUACUGAAUAAAAUGAUUUAGAAACAAAAAUUAUAGAUCUUGACCUUAGCUACUUCUUUAUUUUGA